AAAACAAACCGUAAAGGGCCAGAUCUAUAGCUGUAAGAUGGCGGGGUUUCCGGAGAUGAGUCGGCCGGUGGUCUGACUGACCCAAUCGCAGUCGCCGCCGGCGAAGAAGGGCUUUAAAAGCGAACUACUUACUAGUUCCAGUCAGGCGGUAACGUCUAAAGUUAAACGGAUCAGAAAAAUAUACACAUAAAAAGCUACUUGCCUUUUGUUUCCCCCCUUCAUAAAUGUCAUUUUACCUCUUUUUUUAUUUAUUUAUUGCUCUAAGGGUUGAGAAGAUGUUGAACAAGAACUAGCCCAAUCACUUUCUCUCUAAAAACCCACAAAUUUGACCCUUUUUAUUCUUUGAAUUCUGUAUUCAAGUAUUCAACAUUCUCUUUUCGUUGUCAACUGAUGGAAAUGGAGAUAGGCGGCGGGAUAUUGGGAUUAUGGAAGUGAAGAAGCUGCUACCAUUGAAGAAGAAUCCGACCCAACUCAUUAUCAGGGUAAGAGAGAAAAAAAGGAUGAUGAUUGAUGAGUGUAUGUAUGUGUUCACCAUGAUUUAUUAUUCCUUCAUUACAGUUGAAUCAAUCAGCACAUGGGUUUCUUUUCUUUCCCUCUAUGAAUGAAUGAAUGAAAUGAGGAUUCGAGAUUGAUGAAUCAAUGUUUAUCUCUCUAAUCAUGGUGGUGGAUCGGAAAGUUUCAACAUUUUUAUGCAUUGUUUGUAUCUUCCUACUGAUUCGGACUACAUUGGAACAAACAGUACGAGUUCGGCUUCAAUCAAGAAACGAAAGGGUGGCUCUGAUUCAACUCAGAUCGUCAUUAGGUUUAAGGAGCCGAGAAUGGCCGAUAAAGGGUGACCCUUGCUUAAACUGGGCUGGGGUUGUUUGCAAGAAUGGCCGUGUCGUUGAGAUCAACAUUUCAGGGUUUAAGCGAACGAGAAAGGGUAGUCAAAACCCUCGAUUUGCUGUUGAUGCAUUAGCGAACUUGACUCUAUUGGAAUCGUUUAAUGCUUCUAAUUUCCUUCUUCCGGGUUCAAUUCCUGACUGGUUUGGUCAAAGGGUUUCGUCUCUGAAGGUUCUUGAUCUUCGUUCUAGUUCAGUCAUAGAUUCAAUCCCUUCAAGUAUCGGUAAUUUGAUCAAUCUCACUGCUCUUUAUUUAUCUCAUAAUAGUCUUACUGGAAUUAUCCCUUUUAGUAUUGGUCAAUUAUCGAGCUUGUCUGUUCUUGAUCUUUCCCAAAAUUCACUUACUGGCUCCAUUCCUCUGUCAUUCUCGUCUCUUGGAAACCUGACCUCCCUUAAUUUGGCUUCCAAUUUUCUAUCUGGUUCGAUUCCUUCAGCUAUCGCCGCUAUUUCUAAGUUGGAAUCACUAAAUCUCUCAAACAAUAGUCUCUCUUCUUCCUUACCUGCUCAAAUGGGUGAUCUUCUUAGAUUGGUUCACCUUGAUCUCAGCUUCAAUUCUCUUUCUGGAUCACUGCCUGAGGGUUUCAGAACAUUAACAAGUUUGAGGAGACUGGAAGUUAAGAACAACUCAUUUUCAGGGUCACUGCAACCUGACAUCUUUUUUGCUUUGAGAAAUUUGCAGUUUAUAGUUCUCUGUCAUAAUCGAUUUGCUGGUAAUCUUCCUGAUUCAUUGUGGACACUUCCAGGAUUGAUUUUUCUGGACGUCUCUGAGAAUAACUUCACUGGUCUUCUUCCCAAUAAUGUUACUUCAAAUGCCAAUGGCUCUGGCUCUACAGUGUUGAACAUUUCUUCCAAUCAGUUUUACGGAGUUCUGACAUCUUCGCUCAGUAGGUUCAGUUCAAUUGAUCUCGCUGCCAACUAUUUUCAAGGAAGAGUUCCAGGUUAUCUAACUCAGAAUGCUUCUUUCAGUUCGAAUUGCUUAACAAACGUAUCAGAUCAGAGGAGUCAAACCGAUUGUGCUGCAUUUUACACUGAUAAAGGUCUCACUUUUGAUAACUUCGGACCUUCUCCUCCUUCUUCACAGAAGAAGAAGAAGAUUAACAGGCGUUGGAUCAUAUUAGCAGGAGUAUUGGGUGGUUUGGUGUUUAUUGUGCUCUUGAUAGUUAUUAUACUCUUACUGUUCUUAUGCACCAGAAGGAGAGCAUCAACUAGUCCAAGAGGAGGGGGCGACAUUGAGCCAGUAACUGCCUCGGGUGGACCUGCAGAAUCCCCAAACGGUUUGAUAGGAGAAGCGUUUAGUUAUCAGCAGAUUCUUCAGGCAACGGAUAAUUUCAACGAUGUAAACCUGAUUAAGCAUGGGCAUUCGGGUGAUCUUUUCAAAGGAAUGAUGGAAGGUGGAAUCCCCAUUGUUAUCAAAAGAAUUGAUCUUAAUAAUACAGUCAAGAAGGAAGCUUACAUUUCAGAAUUGGAUUUGUUUACCAAGAUUUCUCAUACACGUUUGGUUCCGUUUAUUGGGCAUUGUCUAGAGAUUGAGGACAAUGAUAACCUCAAGUUGUUGGUUUACAAGUUUAUGCCCAAUUCAGACUUGUCAAGUACAUUGUAUAGGAAGAAAACUAAUUAUGACGACGAUGGUUUACAGUCGUUGGAUUGGAUAACGAGAUUGAAAAUCGCAAUUGGAGCUGCCGAGGGUUUGUCUUAUCUUCAUCAUGAAUGUUCACCACCUCGUGUGCAUAGAGAUGUACAAGCGAGUAGCAUACUUCUCGACGAUAAAUUUGAAGUGCGGCUGGGGAGUCUGAGUGAUGUUUCACUUCAAGAGAGCGAGGCUCCUCAAAGCAGGAUUACUAGAUUCCUGCGUUUGCCAUCAUCAUCCGAGCAAGGCACUUCUUCUGCAGGUUCUUCGAGCACAUCAACGUGUGCGUACGAUGUUUACUGCUUCGGGAAAGUAUUACUAGAACUGGUUACGGGUAAGCUUGGGAUGAGUGCAUUGAGUGAAUCGGAGACGAAGGAAUGGAUGGAAACCACAUUACGGUAUAUAAGUAUAUACGAUAAGGAGCUCAUUACAAAUAUAGUAGAUCCGUCGCUAAUAGUAGACGAAGAUCUUCAAGAAGAAGUUUGGGCAAUGGCUGUAGUGGCUAGAUCUUGUCUAAAUCCUAAGCCUUCAAAGAGACCAUUGAUGAGAUACAUUCUAAAGGCAUUGGAGAAUCCAUUAAAGGUUGUUAGAGAAGAAAAUAUGAACUCUGCUAGGUUGAGAAGAACUACUACUUCCUCAAGAGGUUCUUGGAAUGCCGCUCUGUUUGGAAGCUGGCGGCACAGCACAUCUGAUGUGGCGGCGUCUUCUCAUCCACCUCCGGGGCAGGGUGGGAAAGCCGAAGUAGUGGAGGCUGUAGGGAGUAGAAGCUUUAAGAAGUCUGGACCAUCGGCUGCUGCUUCUCAUGGGAGUGGAGGGGCAGAUAUAUUUCCAGAGCUGUCGGAGAUGGAAGAUGUUGAAGGACGAAGAGUGGAGGAGAGUUCGCGAUGAAUUGAUGAUUCUUUUUUUUUGUUUGUUAAUAAUAAUGCAGAGAGGAUGAGAGCAGCAGAAGACUUGCAGGCAGGCUCCCCAUUUGUGUGCCUUCCUUACCUUACCUUACCUUUGAGUAGUAAGUUAAGUAGAUUUGUGGAGUUUGAAUUAUUUGUAAUUUUUGGUGGUGGGAAUGUAAAUUGUGAUGAAUGAAUGAAUGAAUUGUUAAUUAGGAAGGAAUUGGAGUUUUUUUAACUAUUAAAGUACUUCUCUUCUUCCUUCUGUUGUGGAAUUUGAGAAGAAGACAAGUACUUUUACUACUACCUUAUGUUAUU